AUGGCUGAAUUGCUUCCUCAAGGGAGUGACAACUCCAGAGGGUCUGCAGAUCAGAAGAGCCAAUAUAAUGUGGUCUUGACUAUCAAGGAUACUGGCAAGGGCAUUGGUACAGAGUACCUACAUAGCGGCCUAUUUACCCCUUUCUCGCAAGAGGAUACCCUCGCUCCGGGCGAUGGACUGGGCCUGAGCAUUGUCCGCAAGGUGCUUGCUUUCCUCAACGGCUCUAUUGAAGUUAGUUCAGAAAAGGAUAAAGGCACUGAGAUAUCCAUCCAAGUUCCUCUGACUUCCGCUUCUAUACCACAUGGUUCUGAGGGGUCUUUACCAGCUGCAAUAUACAGUUUCCAAAGGAGCCAGACACAGGGCAAAACUAUUGGUCUGAUUGGAUUACGCUCUAUACCAGUAUUAGAGCGAGAUACCCGCCUUUAUGAAUCCCUAAAGCGGCUAUGCGAGGACUGGUUCCAUCUCACGAUCAAGAUAGUGACCCCGCAGAACAAGGCCACACCCUGUGAUUUCUACCUAAUGGUGCAUACUGAUCUUGAUAGCUUGGAUAUAGAAGGAAACCAACUACUACCUAAUCUUGACCAGUCAAAAAAGGCAUCCCCACUUAUUAUCAUAUGCCAAUCUCCCCAGGCGGCGCACAACAUGUUCGCGCGUACAAUGAGCAUGGGUCGAAGCCAACGCUCCGUUGUCGAGUUCAUAAGUCAGCCCUGUGGCCCGCGCAAACUCGCAAAGACACUGGAGCUGUGUAUCCAGCGACUGGAAGGCCGGGUGUCUAGCGAAUCCGAGGAGACGCGAUGGGUGGAAAUGCCCGAGUCUUCUCACAUAUCGAUUGAUAUUGGGCCCAGAGACGCACCUGCGGAAAGGAUGAAGAUUAGCAAACGGCCUACCUUAGAGACCGUGGGAAGCCAGGAUAACCAGACCUCGGGCUCCAAUCAGCCUGUAGGCCGGGCCCCCCAGAAUACUUCGUCUCCGCUGGCUGCCACGUCGUCUCCGGAGACAGUUCCGGAGGAGGAUAUAGAUGGAGGCCCCGAUCGUCCGUCGAUAUUACUAGUUGAAGACAACCCUAUCAAUAUUAAAAUCCUCACUGCGUAUGUAACGAAGGAAGGCUGGAGCAGCGAAACAGCGACAAAUGGGCUGGAGGCUGUGCAGAAAUUCCAGGCUCACCCUGGGAAGUUUAUAAUGGUCUUUAUAGACAUCACAAUGCCUGUCAUGAAUGGCUUCGAGGCUAGUCGCAGAAUCAGAGAGUUUGAAAGGGAGUACUAUAAGGAAAACCCUUCGUUGAAGCCGUCCUGGCACCCGACAACAAUCACGGCCUUGACGGGACUGGACAGCCCAGACGCAGAACAGGAGGCAUUUGCGUCUGGAAUCGAUCUCUUCCUUACAAAGCCGAUCAGUCGGGAAAAAAUAUGUUCGCUGCUUGAAAGAUGUAGUAUUACGUGA